CAUUACCUCUUCAUUUGGCACUUUACCACAAAUCUCUUCGACUGCCCUCCAUUCAUUUAUUUCUUUUCAGUUUUCUCACAAAGUGAAACAUCAAAAUGUCUCCACAAACACCAAUUAUCUCACUUCUCAUCAUCCUCACCUCAUUACUCUUAUGUAACGGUUAUUACAUAGAGGAACCACUUCAUGAAACAAAAUAUGAACAAUUUGGUCACUACUACAACCCUGUGCAUGAUGAGAGGUUGAUCAAAAGAGAAAAUGGACAUAAUUUUGGUCACUACUACCACCCUUUGAUCAGAGAAAAGCAUGAACAUUUUGGUCAUGUAACAAGGGCCAAUAAUAGAGCUACCCCUCUUUCUUCAAGGCCUGGUGGAACAGUUAGUGUUGAUGAUUUUGGAGCCAAAGCAGAUGGAAGAGAUGAUACCCAGGCAUUUAAGAAGGCAUGGAAUGAAGCAUGUUCUACUGGGGCUGUCCUUGUGGUACCUGAAAAAAGGGUCUAUCAUCUUAAGCCAAUCACUUUUUCAGGUCCAUGCCAACCAAACACUGCCUUUAUGCUCCAUGGGACAAUGGAGGCAUGGACUCAAAUGUCAGCAUAUGAAGGAGAUAGACAACACUGGAUAGUGUUUGACAGUGUCACAAAUUUCAAAGUUGACGGUGGUGGCACUUUCAAUGGAAAUGGGAAAAACUGGUGGCAAAAAUCCUGCAAAACCAAUAACAACCUUCCAUGCAAUAAUGAACCAAGACCAACAGCUGUGACUUUCUAUCAUUGCAACAACUUGAGAGUGAAGAAUCUGAGGUUCAAAGAUGCACAACAAAUGCAUGUAACCUUUCAGGAAUGCUUCGAUGUUGAUGUUUCCAAUCUUGUCAUCAAAGCACCAGGGGAUAGCCCUAACACUGAUGGAAUCCAUGUCGCAGAAACACAAAAUAUUGUCAUAAGAAACAGUGUAAUUGGGACAGGUGAUGAUUGUAUUUCAAUAGUCAGUGGGUCAAGAAAUGUUAGAGCCACAGAUAUCACAUGUGGACCUGGACAUGGAAUCAGCAUUGGAAGCUUAGGAGCUGAUAACUCAGAAGCUGAAGUUUCCAAUGUGAUGGUGAAUGGAGCCACCCUAAGAGGAACAACUAAUGGGGUGAGAAUAAAGACUUGGCAGGGAGGUUCUGGCUAUGCAAAAAACAUCAAAUUCUUGAACAUAAAAAUGCAAAAUGUAACAAAUCCCAUAAUCAUAGAUCAGAACUACUGUGAUCAAGCAGAGCCAUGCCAAGAGCAGGACUCAGCAGUGAAAUUAAGCAAUGUUUUGUAUCAAAACAUCAUAGGAACAAGUGCUUCAGAAGUGGCUAUCAAAUUUGACUGCAGCAGAACUGUUCCUUGCAGAGGAAUCUACCUGCAGGAUGUGAUUCUGGAACCAGAAGGAAGUGGUGGCACCACUGCUUCAUGUGAGAAUGUUAGAUAUGUGAAUAGAGGAAAGUUUUUUCCUCAAUGCUCUCCUUGAAGAAAUUAAGAAAAGGAAGAGUUUAAGUUACUACCCUUCAAAAAAGGUUACAACAAAAUAUAAGUUACUUAGAAUUUUCCAUAAAGGUAUGUUUCAUUUCUACAAAUAAACAAGCUAUGUUCUUAGUCUUUUACACACUUGUAUAUUAUUAUAUUUAUAGGUCGGUAACUGAGAAAUAGUUGAGCAGACUUUUGUGGAUGCUGCCAUUCCUAACGACAGUUUUGCAAUGAAUGGAGGCAAAAUAGGUGAACCAAAUAAACAUGUAACAAACAUAAAAGUGAUGUCUAAUGUGUAAUCAUAUCUCAACUACUACCAGUUACUAACAGCACAUGAAGAGUUGAUUUUCGUAUAUACUACCAUAACUAACUGGACUUUGACUGUUUGAAAAAAACAAGCAUAGACUUUUGGGUUCUGCUUGCUAUAAAUUGGUCAAUCUUAAUUGUUCAUUUUGAAAGG